GAAAAUUAAUUCUCAACAAAAUGGCAUCGAAUCUCUCUCACAUUUUUUUCUCUGUUUUCCUUUUUGGUAUGUUUUUUUUGAAUUCAUCCUUCACACAUGCCCGAUACGCCAACCACCAGGAAACUGCCUUCUCUACGAAACAACAAGCGGAGAGACUCAUAAGAUCGUUCAAUUUGUUCCCCAAGACUGAUAUUAACGUCGUUGAAGAUGAGUCGUCGGUCGUGGAUGCUCCUGGAGUACUUGUUGAGAAGCAAUUUCAAUUCCCUUCUCUUGCUGGUUCUGGCCCUUCCAUUCAAGACCUCGGUCACUAUGCUGGUUACUACAGGCUUCCGCAGACUAAAGGGGCAAGGAUGUUUUACUUUUUCUUUGAAUCACGAAAUAAAAAUACCGACCCAAUUGUGAUAUGGUUGACCGGAGGACCCGGAUGUGGUAGCGAAAUAACAUUGUUUUAUGAGAACGGACCUUUCCAUAUUGCAAAAAACAUGUCUCUUGUAUGGAAUGACUAUGGUUGGGACAAGGUAUCAAAUAUCCUUUUUGUUGACCAACCCACGGGCACCGGUUUCAGUUACACUACUUCUGAAAGUGAUAUUCGACAUGAUGAAACCGGUGUUAGCAAUGACUUGUACAACUUUUUACAGGAGUUCUUCAAAGCACAUCCUCAAUUUACUAAAAACGAUUUCUUCAUAACUGGAGAAUCAUAUGCUGGACACUACAUUCCUGCUUUGGCUUCUCGGAUUAACAAGGGAAACAAAGGGAAAGAAGGAAUUCCAAUAAACUUGAAGGGCUUUGCGAUUGGUAAUGGACUAACCAAUCCUAUAAUUCAAUAUCCAGCAUAUCCGGACUAUGCUUUGAACAUGAGUCUGAUCGGAGAAUCGGAUUACCAGAGCAUUAAAUCCAUGGUUCCACAAUGCGUAUCGGAAGCAAAAGCUUGUGCCAAUGGUGGAGGUUCUUGUGAGGCUGCGAGGAGUGAUUGCACUGACAUAUUCAAUGCAAUACUGAACAUUGCCGGCAACAUAAACUAUUACGAUAUUAGAAAGCAAUGCGAAGGUUCAUUGUGCUAUGACUUCUCAAGUAUGGAGACUCUUCUAAAUGAAGAUUCAGUAAGAACUGCUCUGGGAGUUGGGGACAUACAAUUUGUUUCAUGCAGCACUGAUGUAUAUUACGCCAUGACAAAUGAUUGGAUGAAGAAUUUAGAAGUGGUAAUUCCUCCUCUAGUUGAGGAUGGAAUCAAGAUGCUUAUAUAUGCUGGAGAGGAAGAUCUUAUUUGCAACUGGUUAGGAAAUUCAAGAUGGGUCCAUGCAAUGGAAUGGUCGGGGAAGAAAGACUUUGAAGGAGCUCCAAUUGUUCCAUUCCUUGUUGAUGGUAAGAAGGCCGGAGAGUUGAAAAGCCAUGGGCCUCUCGCUUUCCUCAAGGUUUAUGCGGCAGGUCAUAUGGUUCCAAUGGACCAGCCAAAGGCUGCUCUGCAGAUGCUACAAAGUUGGAUGCAAGGAAAACUAGCCAUAACGUGGAGCAAACGUUCUAAUUCUCCCCAAUGAUAGCCUCCAUUGAAUUUUUGCCAAUGUUCUUUGGCAUCCAUGUUUUCUAGAUAUGGUUGGAUGUAUAAUCUGUUGGGUUCUGGCAAUUCUUGUUUAAAUUGUGAAGAGAACGCAUAUAAUAAUUCUAGUAUACAUAUUUGAACUCCA